AUGGAAAGCAAAAAGGGCGGCCUGAUCAUGAGCGAGGGCGGUCGCACUGGCACACUGAGUUCUAAUUUCUUCGAAGUUGCUGGCGACCACGUACGCGACCAGCAAGACAAGGCGGCUCGCCGGAACGAGACUGCCCCGGACUGUUUUCCCAAAUCAUGGGACCGAGUAAACGAGACGAGGGAGGAAACGCAGAGUGGCAGUUUUAAGGAAAUGAGACCCAUGAGUAAGCAGGAGAAAGAGCUCUCAGAUCACCCUAGGAAAGAAGCAAGCAGUUCCGACGCAGAAUCGGACUUCUACGACGGGAUUGAUGCAAGUUGCACCCCUGAGCGCAUGGAUUACCACACUGCCCAAGGAGAUGAAUCUCCGAGUCCCAGCACACAGAGCCCAGUGGAUGGUGGGAAGAUUAACACAUGCCCCGGAGUCCUUUCAUACGGGUCGGAUCAGAUUCGACGUUACCGCACAGCUUUCACGAGGGAGCAGAUAGCUCGACUUGAAAAGGAGUUCUACAGGGAGAAUUAUGUGUCCCGUCCACGCAGAUGUGAAUUGGCGGCCGCGUUAAAUCUGCCAGAAACAACCAUCAAGGUAUGGUUCCAGAACCGGCGUAUGAAGGACAAGAGGCAGCGGCUGGCGAUGACUUGGCCUCACCCAGCCGACCCAGCCUUUUACAGCUACAUGGUGAGCCACGCGGGAAACCUGCCGUAUUCGUUUUCGUCCCAUCUUCCCGUGGCCUACUACUCCCCUCUGAGUGGCAUGGCCGGGGGGUCGGCCACUGCAGCUGCAGCGCCUGCGUUUGCUAACCCUUUGCGCUCAUUGGACACGUUUAGACUCCUUUCUCAUCCAUAUCCGCGUCCGGAGCUGCUUUGUGCGUUCCGACACCCAUCGCUGUACGCAAGCGCAGGUCACGUCCUUGGUCCCGGCGGGACCGCAUGCUCAUGCCUCGCUUGUCAAUCAAACGGGACUGCGCAGAGGUCGCCGACAAAUGCAGACCUCACAUGCUCGCCCACUAGCAGAGAUGAUCCUUUCCUUAUGUUCUCGCAGACCUUUCUCAACAAGGCACCGUCCGUUUCUGUUGAUCAGAGGGAGCAAGUACCGUUGCCCAGAUAAGAUACAUAAACAGUUACGGACCUUCAUCAAUUUAACAUGUACUCGAACGCAUGAACAGCACGAACUCAACAGUCUGCUAUGCAAAACUGUGUAAGCCUUUACAUUUCCAAUGAUGAAGCUAGCCUUUGCAUAAUGGAGGACAUAUAUUUAAACAUUAUGAUCUUUUAAAGAAAGCACCAGUUGUAUUUAUUCAAAUAAUAAAAAAAGAAAGUUCAU